GCGUGUAUAAAGCGGGGCUCUGUCGGCUCGAGCAGAUGUUCGUCGAGCUUCGUCCAGCUGGACUACAUCAAGAUGUCCGCUGAGAGGUUUGAGAAAAAGGAGACUAUAGACCUGAGGAAAAAAUAUAUUGGGCCAUCUUGUAAGAUUUUUUUCAGCCAUGACCCAAUCAAGAUUGUGCGAGCCAAAGGCCAGUAUAUGUAUGAUGAGAAAGGACAGCGCUACCUGGACUGCAUCAACAAUGUGGCUCAUGUGGGCCACUGUCAUCCUGAUGUUGUGAAGGCAGGAGCUCAGCAAAUGGAACUACUCAACACUAACUCGCGCUUCCUGCACGACAACCUUGUCCUGUAUGCCCAGAGGCUGCAGGCCACGCUGCCUGACAAGCUGGCUGUUUGCUACUUUGUCAACUCCGGCUCCGAAGCCAACGACCUGGCUCUCCGACUAGCACGGCAAUACACAGGCCACAGAGAUAUCAUCACUUUGGAAAAUGCGUACCAUGGCCACGUCUCAUCGCUCAUUGACAUCAGUCCAUAUAAGUUCCACCAGCUGUCAGAUACUGAGCAGAAUCAAUUUGUCCAUGUGGCUUCCAGUCCAGAUGUGUACAGAGGGAAACACAGAGCAGACCACUCUGAUCCUGCCACCGCGUAUGCAGAUGAAGUCAAAGAUAUAAUAAACAAAGCUUACAAGAAAGGAGGCAAGAUUGCUGCUUUUAUAGCUGAGUCACUGCAGAGCUGUGGUGGGCAGGUCAUUCCCCCUGUGGGUUACUUCCAGCAAGUGGCACAGCACGUCCGUGAAGCGGGGGGCGUUUUUAUCGCAGAUGAAGUCCAAGUGGGCUUUGGGAGAGUAGGCUCCCACUUCUGGGCCUUCCAGCUUCAGGGAGAGGACUUUGUGCCCGACAUUGUCACGAUGGGAAAACCCAUUGGCAACGGCCACCCCAUGUCAUGUGUGGUCACGACCAAAGAGGUGGCAGAGGCCUUCAUGUCAUCUGGGAUGGAGUACUUCAAUACAUUUGGUGGUAAUCCAGUGUCGUGUGCCAUCGGUCUGGCCGUCCUAGACGUGAUUGAGAAAGAGGAUCUGCAGGGCAACGCACUGCGUGUGGGGCAAUACCUCACCAGUCUGCUGGAGAAGCAGAAAGAGAAGCACCUGCUGAUCGGAGAUAUCAGGGGUCGUGGUCUCUUUGUAGGCGUGGAGCUCGUCAGGGACAGGCUGAAGCUCACUCCUGCCACAGCAGAGGCACAGGAAGUCAUAUAUAGGCUAAAGGAACAGCACAUCCUUCUCAGUGCUGACGGACCUCAUCGCAACGUGCUCAAGUUCAAGCCCCCAAUGUGCUUCACUACAGAAGAUGCUGAGCUGGUCGUGGAGAAAAUUGAUGUCAUUCUCACAGAACUGGAGGAAGCAUUGGACCUGAAGCUGAACAACGCACUGACUGUAGAAAAUGAAAGCAAUAAAAGGAAACUGCUGACUGAUGAAAACGGGCACAGUGGCGUGCUACACAGCAAAGGAAGCCGUCAAGGGUCUCCUCAACAAACCAAACAAAGCAAACGCCUCAGGACAUAAAGCCGCCUGUGAACAAACACAAGAACACAGGUGGCACAUCUCUAGAGUUAAAGGGCCGUAAUUUGAUGAUAAAUGUUUUUAUAUUGAUAAUAUGCUGCAUAUCAAUUAGAUUGACUUCUCAGGUAUUUUUUUAAUAUUUGCGUAAUAGCAUGUGUAGCAUGUUUUUUAGCUGCAUAAAAAUGUACCUUAUUAUGUGAGUUAGCAGGGUACAAGAGCCUUAUUCACGAUAUCAGGGAAUCAUAAAUGGAUCAAUCUAAACAUGUAGAUCUGAAAAUAUGCAUCAAUAUCUUUGUGUGCCUUUAGCAUUAAAAAUACGGCCUUGCAAAGGCCAUUACAUGUUUUUACAGAGAAGUAACUGAACUGUAAAUGAAUAAAAUACCGUAUGUAGUACUUGGUUGCUAUAAAAAGGGAUUUCUAACCCAGGCCAGUGUGUGAGCAGCCCUCACUCAGAUACAGAAAACAUGAAAGUAAAAACGCUGAUGUACUGUGUAUAUGUCUGCAAAGUAUCUUUAUUUUACUGAGCCUCAAAAAAAACAAUGUCCCUGCUAAAAAGUCUGCAAUUACCAAUAUCCUCAUCUUCCUUAAAGGUGAAAGUAACCUCUCCUAUAGAAAGUUCACUGUUGUGAAGAUGGAAAAUACAUGUUGUUCAUAAAAGGUAAUAGAUUUACUCUCAGGCUCAGGAGUUGUCUAAGUCCCAGGACUUCUUCCAUAAUGUGACAAGGAUGAGAUGAUUACAGAGAAAGGUGCUAUCUAAUAUACCAGCUUGUAAAUAAAAGGAAAAUGAUCCACUGCAACAUUUGUUAAGAAAAGGACGGAGGAGUGCUACUUUGGCACAUCUUCAUUUCAGUGCAAUUUUAAUGCGGCUGGUAAGCCUACUUUCCUCUCCAUAGUCACUUACAUUUUAAGCAAAGCACUGCUAUUGGUGGCUUAAGUCAUCUUUACUAAAGCCUUGCCCCGUUUUUCUCAAUGUGAGACAGCUGUAGACCAGAAUGAUCAUUAUUUACAAGUAGGGAUGAUCACUCUGUUCCUUCCUCCUGGAGAAAGCUCAUUACCAUAGCAGUACAGGGCCAAAAUAUCUAAAAACAUGUCUGCAGAACCGUGCGGCACAUCGGCUUUUAAAGGCAUAAUUCCAAACCAAACAAAAAUGUUUGUAUUUGUUUGCUAUAAAUACAGGAAUGUGCAAAUGCUCAGAUGUUUCUUGUAUGACUGUCUUGUUACUACCUCUGUCCUACUCCAUUGACUGCAGAUGAAAAUUAACAUGUAUGGCUAAAUCUGGAAAAUUUAGAUGACAAAUUUAAGCACUCAUGUUAAUUAAUAUGCUUUGUCCCUUCUAAAUAUACACAAACGUAAGUCCAGGAAACACCAUUACCUGAUGAUCCUGUGAUGCCAUCUUCUGGAGGGAAAAUGAAAUGCGUCAUAUCUCCUGAACACUGCAUAUGCAAAGACGCCACAUUGUUUGGCUGCUGAUGUAAACUUGAGUUUAACAAUCUUCUCAAAAAUUCUGAGCAUUAAUUUUCUAUUUAAUCAUUUACAUUAAGCAGAAAUCAAAUCAAAGAAAUUCAGAAUCUGGAUG